CGUCAGCCCUCGGCAAAGCAAGGGUUAACUCGGUCAGCCUGUUGUUCUCCGUUUAGUCCAACCGGGCUGUGUCUCUAAGGGAGAAGAAGCUGCGCUUCAGGAGGUGCAACAGAUCUCCAGCUGGAAAACGAGCUCACAUCUGGCGCGCAAGAGGAGCUCCUGUUUAAGCGCAACCUGUGCGCGUAAUUCCUCGGAGCUGGAUCACAUUCCCUUUGUCAUCAACUCGUGGGUCACCACCAACACUGAGCUCAGACUGACAUGAAGACGCGCCUCCUCUUCAUCUGAUCGCUCAUCUCUUACGCUUCUAAAUGAUCAGCUCCGUGUGCGUUUCGACUUAUCGAGGGCGCAAGUCAGGAAACAAACCUCCGUCUAAAUCAUGCCUGAAGGAGGACAUGGCGAGAGGCGAGGACUCGGAAAAAAUCAUCAUCAACGUCGGCGGCACCCGGCAUGAGACCUACAGGAGCACCCUCCGGACCCUGCCGGGGACCCGCCUGGCCUGGCUGGUUGAAACAGACUCUCAGGGCUGCUGCUCCGAAUCAGACGCCGAUCCUCCGGUGGCCUCCGAGUUCUUCUUUGACAGACACCCGGGCAUCUUCGCCUAUGUGCUCAACUAUUACCGGACCGGGAAGCUGCACUGUCCUGCAGACGUGUGCGGCCCCUUGUUCGAGGAGGAACUGGCCUUCUGGGGGAUAGAUGACACCGAUGUGGAGCCCUGCUGCUGGAUGACCUACCGACAGCACCGGGAUGCCGAGGAGGCCCUGGAGAUAUUCGAGCCGCCCGACCCGGAGGACACAGACGAUGACAGGGACACGCCGCGACGGUUCGGCAUUGAGGACACCAAUCACGGGUCCAGAGGAUGCUGGGAAGUUUGGAGACCCAAAGCCUGGGCCUUGUUUGACGACCCUUACUCAUCCAAAGCAGCCAGGGGAGUGGCAAUCAUCUCUCUCUUCUUCAUCCUGUUGUCUAUCACUACCUUCUGCUUGGAGACCCAUCAAGCCUUUGACGUAGAGGAAAACUUUACUGAACUAGUUACCGAUGGAAACAUCACAAAGGUGGAGAAUAGGACUGAGAAUGUCACAAACCCAAAACUUGUUAUGGUGGAAGGAGCAUGUGUGGUGUGGUUUACCUUUGAAUUCCUGGUUCGAAUCAUCUGCUGCCCGAUCAAACUGGCCUUCAUCAAAAACACACUCAACAUCAUUGACUUUGUUGCCAUUCUGCCGUUCUACCUUGAGAUGAGUUUGAGAGGUUUGUCAUCCAAAGCAGCCAGUAACGUGCUCGGUUUUCUCCGAGUGGUGCGCUUUGUGAGGAUUUUACGGAUCUUUAAGCUCACACGUCACUUUGUAGGACUGCGUGUCCUGGGUCACACGCUAAGAGCCAGUGUUAACGAAUUCCUCCUGCUUGUUAUAUUCUUGGCGCUGGGAGUACUCAUCUUUGCCACAAUGAUUUACUACGCCGAGCGCAUCGGAGUCAUCUACAACCCCAGGAUUGAAAACGACUUCAAAAACAUCCCCAUCAGCUUCUGGUGGGCAGUGGUUACAAUGACGACACUGGGCUACGGAGACAUGGUUCCAAAGACCUGGCUGGGUAUGAUGGUGGGGGCACUGUGUGCGCUGGCUGGCGUGCUGACUAUCGCUAUGCCUGUUCCCGUGAUUGUCAACAAUUUUGGAAUGUACUACUCUCUGGCUAUGGCGAAGCAAAAACUGCCAAAAAAGAAAAAGAAGCACACCCAAAAUCCAGAUGCACCAACCGACUCGGCCUCAUUUAUGAAAUCAGAAACAAACUCACACAUAGACAGCACUCAGAGUGACACGUGUCCACUGGCAGCUGAAGAGAGCAGCAGCAGGAACCGCUCAGACUCCAAACAGAACGGGGAUGCAAAUGUUGCCCUUUCAGAUGAGGAGGGCUGCAGUCUUACCCAGCCGCUGUCCCCCAGUGAAAAGUGGUCCAUGCGGUGCUCCAGAGGACGCGGCAAGAAUAAGGAGGGCACCUGCUUCCUCUUAACAUCUGGGGAUCUCAACAUCCAUGUUGAAGACUGUAAAGAUAUUCUUGGUACUGCUGGAAACUAUACCCAGCCCGAGGUCACCACUCUGACCUGAUGACUUGCUUAAAAUAAGGAGGAGGCGACGUGACGUCUGCUGCGGUGUAUGCUGGAUCCCUGCUGUUUAGAUCAACUGCAGAGCCAAUUAUUGUACUUCUAAAUGAAUCCUCUCUGUUUUUAC